AUGGAUUUCACGGAGACCGAGCGAGCAAUGGAUGCCUCGGCUUCGCUGGUUGCUCGCGAGAGUGACCCUUCCAGAGUUGAUGAUCUGCAGAAGAAUUCUUUUUACAACAGCAAAGAAAACCUGAUCAUUGCUGUUGGUUUGUGGAACAUGAAGCGAGGCACUAAGACAAAAGUUAUCCGCUCAGAUUUGGGAUGCGUCUAUUUCACGUGCAAGCACUCUGACAAGUGCAAGUUCGAUCUUCAUGCGUCUAGUCACGGUGGAGGGAUGUGGGGAGUGCAUAAGUUGAAAGAGCAUUCAUGCCAAGCGGACUUGCGCAGAGCUAAAAAAAUCAAGACACACUCGAAGGUGGUUGCAGCGUAUGUGGCAAACAGAAUACGCGAUGAUGGAGAGGUCAUUAAGCCGAAAUCCAUUAUGGCGGAGUUGGUACGCGAUUUCGGUAUCAAAAUCAAAUAUGAUGUCGCGCUGCGUGCAAGAAAUCUCGAGAUGGAGAUGAUAUACGGUCGAGUUGAUGAUUCGUUCCUCCUGCUCCCAAGAUAUCUGUAUGCCCUGAGGGAAGCGAAUCCUGGCACCUUGAUUGGUUUGGAAGUAGACGUAGACUGCCGGUUCAAACAUUUGUUUGUUGCUCUUGCGGCUUCCAUCUCACCUUUCUACUUUCACCUUCGACCAGUGAUUGUGGUUGACGGCACACACCUGAAGGGGAAAAACAGUGGUAUUUUGUUUGUCGCUGUGGCAAAAGACGGAAACGAGGCAGUUUUUCCCUUGGCGAUUGGUGUCGGUCCGAUCGAGAAUGAUGAGUCGUGGAAGUGGUUCAUGUCACAUCUGAGACAAGCUUGCGGCGAGCCCGAGAACUUACUUGUUGUAUCUGAUGCGCAUGUUUCCAUCGCUAAUGCCGUGAAGAGCGAGUUUCCAAAUGCUACUUACGGUAUUUGCUACUACCACUUGUUGAACAAGAUCAAGGGUUAUGGGCCCGGUGUUGCUGAGCUUUUCUACCAAGCUGCAUACGCCUACAAGCAAUCAGAUUACACACGUGUAAUGUCGACAUGGCUGCUCUGA